AUGACUCGUGGACCAUUCUCAGGAAACGUAGAGUUUGGUGACAGCAGUAACUUUGGAAACAACAACAACAACAACAAUAAUAAUAAUAAUAAUGGUGGGACUUUUGGAUACCAAGCGACUCAGUUUAUUGGCAACACUGGAAACAACAAUAAUCAAGCUAGCGACAAUAAGAAUAAAUAUUGGAAAAGAAACACAAAACGAUUACCGGAUAGUCUAUCGACAGACAACAAUAGUAGAAACAGCAAUGACGUUGAUGAUAUAACCAUAUUAGAUGAUAAUGUUGACGAUACUUCUUUAAACUCAUCACCCUUUCAACGAAAGAAACAAACAACAAAAGCAGACCGCGCAGCACGUUUUGGUACAACAACGAAAUCUGCAACUUAUGAAGAAAUGAAACAAAAUCGAAUUGAACAACGACGACUGGCGAUUCAAAAUGGUCUCAUACCUGAUCCAAAUGCUCCAACCCGACUUGAAGAUGCUAUUGAUUUCCGUGGUACUUGUUCAACAAUGUGUCCCGAAUUUGAAAUGAUUGAACGUGAUAUCCAAAAUGGACUGGAUGCCUUGGAAAUGGACGAACAAGGGAAUCUGGACCCCAGCAAAGCAGUGAAAACAUACCGUCGUUCUGCUGCUGGUAAUGAACAACCUCUUCCUUGUGAUGUAAGACCACCUGAUGUAUUAAUCAGCACUCUCAACUAUUUGAUGGGAACCAUCCUUAAUCAACAACCCUUGGAAAAAUGUCAUCCAUUCUUACGUGAUCGCACAAGAUCUAUUCGACAAGAUUUUACACUUCAAAAUAUCCGCGAUGAGGCAGCAGUGGAGGCUCACGAACGUAUUGCUCGGUUUCAUAUCCUUUGCCUUCAUGAAAUGUGUGAACUAGAUGAAGAACGAUUCAGCGAACAACAGGAAACGGAACAACUACGAAAAGUACUUCUUAGUUUGAUGGAGUUCUACGAGGAUUUACGGGAAGAAGGAAUUGAAAUGAAAAAUGAAGCAGAAUUUCGGGCAUAUCACCUUAUCAGUCAUAUUCGUGAUCCAGAUGUUGUACGACAAGUUCAAACAUUACCAGCUCAUUUAUUCUUACACCCAUAUAUACAACGUGCUUUGGAAUUUUAUGGUUUAAUGCAACGAAACAAUGAAAUCAAGGAAACAUCAUCUAGACGGAAUAAACCUAGCAAUGUGGAAGCAAGUCAAAAUUUUUAUUCUCGAUUCUUCAAGCUUGUGGGUGAUUCCGAUACUCCCUUUUUAAUGGCGUGUAUGUUAGAAUGGCAUUUUCCAGAUGUUCGAAAAGGUGCUUUCAAGGCUAUGAAUGCAGCAUAUCGUCAAAGAGGUGUAGAAGUGGAAUAUAUUCGGCAAGUACUUGGCUAUGACACGGUGGAUGCGGUGAUUGAAGAGGCUCAAAUCUAUGGACUCACUGUGGAUACUGUUGCUGAUGAACCUGUUAUCCGAUUUCAUGAAAAACAUCUUGCAAAAAAAGGGACAUUUUUUAUUGGUAAGUCUUGUUGA